UUUUUUGGCAUAAGACGACGCGUUUUGCGUCCAAACUCACCGCGCCGCAGCCGCUGAAGCAAGCUGGUGUUGACUGAGAGUUUGGAACAACUGCCCACGUGCUGCUAACAAAGUUCCGUAGGCUGAUACGCGCCUUUGAGGUCGAGCCUCUUGCAGCCACCACCUACGGCGAGGGGAGCGGUUUACAGCGCCGCGCGCACGAUGCUAGCCUGCCGCGCCGCAGCGCGGCGCCCGCAACUCUUGUGGCCAUCGAUGGCGGCGCGUCGCGCCAUCUCCUUGGGCCCUCGCCGCCCGCCGGCGCUCCGCCGCACCUUGGGCGCCGCCCUGGCGCCGCGCCGCCCGCCGGCGCUCCUCGCGCGCCGCGCCGCAACCACGAAAACGACGACGGGCAUAGUAGGUCUCCCUGUCGACCCGCAUGCCCGCGAGACCUUGAUCGCCCUCAACGAGCAGCUCCUGGACGAAAUUAAACAAGUACCGGAAGGGGCCGAGUACCGCAAGUCUGUAGAGGCGACCUGCAACUACCGACUCAAGUGCCUGCGCGAGAACGAGGACGAGGCGACGCUCGAAGAGCUCAUCGGCAUGGGGCAACUGGAGGAGCUCAUCGAGUCGCAGACGGAGGAGCUGGGCGUCCUCCGCAUGUACGUGGCUGUGUGGAAAUCAAAAUUUACGGCGCGUUUGACACACUGAUUGAUUUCCACACAGGUACGUGGCCGAGGAGAUGUGGAAGGUCAUCGCGGAGCUAGACACCCCGGAAGUGAAGCUCGACUGAAUUAACUAUGUUCA